UCCGGGCCCCUCCCCAGGCCCGGGCGGCCCAGGCGGGGCGGGGAGCUCGGCUGUCCUGGUCCGCGGCGCCCGCGGCGCCCACCCCGAGGCCGGGAUGAGGAAGGACGAGUCGUUCCUGGGCAAGCUGGGCGGCACGCUGGCCCGGAGGAAGAAGGCGCGGGAGGUGAGCGACCUGCAGGAGGAAGGCAAGAGCGCCAUCAACUCCCCGAUGUCCCCGGCCGCCGCGGACGCCCACCCGGGAGACACCCAGCUCGAGGAGAACGAGGAGCGCACCAUGAUCGACCCCACGUCCCGGGAGGACCCCAAGUUCAAGGAGCUGGUCAAGGUGAGGGGGUCUGAGCCCCGGAGUUCCCAGCCCGCCUGGAGCGGUGCAGCUGGACCGGGCCACCCGGAGCUGCUCCCAGGAGGAGGCCCGCCCAGCCCGGCACCUGGCCGGCUGGACCUGCUCUUCUGCUUUCUGACUGGAUUGGGACUUGAACUCAGGGCUUCUUACUUGCCAUGCCUCUCGCUGCUUUGGCUUCUAAAACUUUUUAUUGAUUGAGUGUGUGUGUGUGUG